GGAGACUUUACAGAUAAGAGAAGAAGAGGUGAGCAUUCUUCCGCCUACAUCCGGGGACGUACUUCCUUUCUGUCCGUGCUGACAUCUGAGUGAACACGCGUUCGCCUUCCUUACAAGUAAGUGUUCACAUGUAAAGGUAAUUAGGGCACAAUCUUUAAGAGAACAGGUAUUUUAUAUCGAUGAGAAAACCAGAUUAAAUUUCCUAUACCACUUGAAUGGUCGAGAUUAACAUCUUGAUGGUAUUUUGUUCGUCUUAACGUUGUUAGCCGCUAAGCUAGCGUGAGCGGGUCCAUCGUUCACACCACCGCAUGGGUGUAAAAAUUACAACAAUCAUUUUAUUCUUUUGUAAAUUAUUCUAUUAUUUGUAUAUUAAAUUCUACAUCAUAAUGAUGCAUAAACAUUUGUAGUUUCUUCUUUUCCUCGGGUCAUGAAUUAUUAGAUAUGGGGACAUCUCAUUUUUCCUGCCUAAACUCUGAUUUCGACAACAUUUCUAUGUUUACUAUUGUAUUCACACAGUGUAAACCCUGUUGUUUGUUUGUUUGCAGGAUGCGUUACGUUGCUGCUUACCUGCUCGCUGCCCUCGGUGGCAAUGAGAACCCUGAGGCCAAGGACAUCAAGAAGAUCCUGGAGAGUGUUGGCAUUGAGUCUGAUGAUACUCGUCUGGACAAGGUACAAAGAUAUGCUGUCUCUUAUUUCUCUGGUGUUGUGGCAGUGGUCAACCUCCUACAGAAAGCUUUGACCCUCUGUUAAUGACAGAUGUGAUCUUUCUCCUAUCAGGUCAUCUCUGAGCUCAGUGGCAAGAACGUGAAUGAUGUGAUUGCUUCAGGUGAGUGUGUCAGCUUUAAGGCAUAUUCCAGCGUAAAAUUAAUAUAGGGUCAAACACACUGUUACACAGAGUUAGAUACCCCCUCCAGAGAUGAAUGUUGCUGACCGCUUCCUUCUCUAGUUAUACCAACUUCAGUAACGACCGCAUGAUAGCAACACACAGCGGUCUGAGGAGCCAUAAACAAACCUCGACCAAAACGCCACUCUAUAGCCACAAAUAAUGUUCAGAACAGCACCUAACUUCAUCAACAGAACAUAUAGGGUCCCAGCCAUAGUAUUAGCCACCAAACAUCUUUAACUUUACGUAAUUUCUUCAGCAGAGAGACUAAACACAACUCACCUACUCUCUUCCAGCAGCCGCUUAUUUGUAGCGAGACCUCAGGCCAAUUCAUUACAGACUGCUGCGGGGUGAUGCAGCUCAAGCAAGAACAUUUAUGAUCAUUUCUUUAUCAUUUCCUUGAAGUAAUAAUCAUCAUCAUAAUCAUUUUGCACUGUAGACGCAGAAGUUCUUCUGCCUUAGCAUCUCGGUCUGAUUGUAUUUCCAUGAAAGGAUCUUCAAUGUUCUUCCUUGAGCUGCGUCACCCCGCAGCAGUCUGAAUUUAACUGUCUCCAGUCCACAGUGAAAAUAAUUUUAAUUGUUAUAUCAAUCCAGUUAUUUAUGAAAAAUAGUCUUACUGCCUACGGUAACCCAAUUGUUAAUUAUUGUGCUACACAAAGAUUCAUUUCUAACGAUUAGAGGACAUUUCCAUUAUUAAGCAGCUGGAAUCAGAAUAGACCUGUCGCAGUGUAAAGGUAUUGAUGUCAACGGUCUUUUCAAGAAAUACAAUUUUGAUAUUAAACUCAAGAUAAGCAUGUGGGCAAAGAUUAUAGUAGUGGCCAAUACAGUGCUCGCCAUCUCUUUCAAAUCAGGACAGACUGCUAGUGAGUGAGCUGUAUCAACUCUGUGAAAGAGGAAAAAACACUUCUAAAAGUUAUUGUGAAUGAAAAAUCAGUGUUGGUGUCACAGCAUAUACCUCAUCUCAUUGAAAAUGUGUAACUCCUCAUGGGUCUUUUAUUGUUUUUCUUCCAAUUCUGUAACUUGAUUGACCAGAAGUGGUAUACUUAAUGCAUAUUUAACAUGUGAAAAAAGCAACUUUAAUGAAAGUCCAUAUUUAAAAAUGAAAGCUUGAUAAGCAGUUAUGGGGCAUUGUUUUGAUUAAAGUUUCAAAACAAUGCCUAUCUUCACUUUGUUCUUGUGAAUUCAAACAUAAAUUAUGACCUGUAAGGUAUUUUUGUGUAUGAAGUUUGUUAAGUAGUGUAUUGCUUGCUUCACCCUUGUCUUGCUUUUUAUUUUGAAGUUUUCCAUCAAUAUUUUGAUGGUUUUCUGAUAUUUCAUGGCCAUGAUAAUUGCAAGGUGAUUAAUCUGAUUGUCUUAACAGCCCCAAACCAGCAUAUUUUUUUUCAAAAAUCACUCAAAACAGAAUGAUGAAAGUCCUUGACAACUCAAAACACUUCUCAAUCCUAAAUAUUUUCCCAAAAUUCAAAUGUGAAAUCAAUUAAACAUGUCUCACAAAAAAGGGGAUCCAUAUCAACUUUCUAUUAACUAUUCAGAUCAUAUUUAGUAAAAUGUUUAUCGCUUUUUUUACCUGUGUUUUCUCCAGUUACUAGUGUCUGUUCUCAAGUUUUUUGUCUGCCAAUUUCUGUCUCCUCAGGCUACGGUAAGCUGGCCAGCAUGCCAGCAGGUGGUGCUGUAGCUGUUGCCAGCUCUGCAGCUGCUGGCUCAGGCGGAGCCGCAGCCCCUGCUGCAGGUGAGCAUUGCAGUUUAGCACCUCAUUUGUCAGCAUCAGUUACAUUUAGCUCGUGCUCUAACCUCUUUGGCUCAGAUGAAUAUAUGAAGCCAUACCAAGCAGCUAUUUUAAGUGUUUAGCAGGACCGAAUGAUAAAAAUUCAUAUACUUAAAUGUCAGAAUGUCUUUUAGGAGGAUUACAUGACUUAUACUUACUGGGAGUUGCAUAUUUUUCAGAAUGUGUUUCCUAUAGAUGAGGAUUAAUUAUUUAUUAAAAUUAUUGCAUGAACUACCUUAGCAAGCAACACAAUGAGUGUAAACUUUGUAAAAUAUGUCAAUUGAGGAAUAUUAAAGAAAAUGUUUUUGUUUUACAGCUGAGGAGAAGAAGGAAGAGAAGAAAGAAGAGUCCGAGGAGUCCGAUGACGACAUGGGAUUCGGCCUGUUCGACUAAACUUUUCCAAAAGAUGAAUAAAGUUUAUAAAAAAAAAAAAUCCAAACUUUUGAAUUUUCUUUUUCACCUCAGAUUGACAGUCAAAAAUGGGUUUUAGGAGGAUGGAAAGGGGUCUAAAAAGCAGUCAAGUUUUGAUGUAUGUCUCCUCUCGAAAAAUAUAAAUCUGUUUCUCAAAGUGGUCAAAUAUAUGAAAUGAAAACAGAUGGGUCAAAUGUCGUAGUCAUUCGUGUUAACAAAGAGGCCUGUAUGGUAUAUGUAAUGGUUUUACAAUAAACUAUCAAGCUAUGUGAAUGGUACAGGCCCAACUCAGAAGAAUGUAAUUGAGCAUUGUUGUCAGCAGGUGGAGCUGUUGAGCCCAACACAGUAAGACGUGAGACACAGCACGUCUUCAAUGUCCGGCCCAGUUUGUUCAGAACUAUCCUAAGGGAUUGAUGUUCGGGCCCACAACAGUCACCCACCAUGGCCACACGUGUAUCGCUUACUCCACGGACACCUUCAGAGGCACAUAGACGCUGAAACGCCGUUGACUGUGGAUUAAUUAUGGAUGGGGCGUCACACCAAGAGGCGCCCGACAGCCAAAAGCAAACUCACCUUAAACUACAGACAAUAAAGAAGGGUGAAGGUAUUAAAAGUAUUACCUCAAACACGA